AAACACUGUAGAUUAUAGGCACAAACUCCUCUAUAUAAGGUCACUCAAGAACCUUUCUUCUCCUACAUACACUUUUCACUUUCCAAGGCUAGACUCAGUAGACAUACUUCUAAAAGCCCAAGCUUUCCUUAUUUCAAAACUACAUUACACCAAAAUGGCAAAAGUUGCAUGCUUCGCAGGCAUGAUGUGCAUAGCUGCCAUUGUAAUGGCAAUGUUUGCAGCUCAUGCAGAGGCAUAUGUCACAUGUGGAACGGUGGCGGAAGACUUGUCUUCAUGCCUUGGCUACGUGAGAACGGGAGGAGCUAUCCCUGAAACAUGCUGCAAUGGUAUUAGGAGCCUUUUCAUUGCAGCAAUUUCCACACUAGAUCGCCAAACUGUUUGCAAUUGCUUGAAAUCUGCUGCUGGAGCUAUCAGUGGCGUAAACCUCAACCUCGCUGCUGCCCUCCCGGGCAAAUGUGGUGUCAAUGUUCCCUACAAGAUACGCCCAUCCAUUAAUUGCUCCAAGGUGCAGUGAACUUGGUGAAAACUCAUUUAUUCUUUGGUAGGAGGAUGCGUGAAGGGGAGCCUUGGAGUAUCUGGUAAAGUUGUUGUCAUGUGAUCAGGAGGUCACGAG